AUGAGCUUUCCCCAGUGCUUGGUGUUUAUUUUUGCCCUGUUGCCUUUCCAGGCUGUGAACGAGUCAGAUGCCUGUGUGCAGGUGAACAGAGUCCUGGAGAAGUAUUACCUUGCCCCCAUGUACAGCCUGGAGUUCAUCAUAGGCUUUGCUGGCAACGCCGUCGCCGUCUUUGGCUACACUUUCUGCCUGAAGAGCUGGAAAAGUGCCAACAUCUACCUCUUCAAUCUAUCCCUGUCGGAUCUGCUCUUCCUCUGCACCCUCCCCAUCCUUGUGAACAGCUACUCCAGGGAUGAGUGGGGCAAGGAGAACAGCCUGUGCCACAGCAACCGCUUCCUGCUGCACGCCAACCUGUACAGCAGCAUCCUCUUCCUCACCGUCAUCAGCAUCGACCGCUACAUGCUGGUGAAGUACCCCUUCAGGGUCCACUUCCUGCAGAAGAGGAAAGCAGCCCUCCUCAUCUCAGUUGCUGUAUGGCUUGGGGUGAUCCUGGAGCUGCUGCCCUUGCUGUAUUUCCUGGAGCCUCUGACCCCUGCCAACAACUACAGGUGCCUUGAUUACGCCAGCUCCGGAGACCCUGCGGAAAACCUCAUCUACAGCAUGCUCCUGACCCUCUUUGGCUUCCUCAUCCCCCUGGUGACCAUGUGCUGCUUCUGUGUGAAGAUGGUGCUGUUUCUGAAAAGCAGGAACGAGCAGCUCAGCUCCUUCCUGACCCUCGAGAAGCCUCUGACCUUGGUGGUGCUGACGAUGGUGAUCUCCUGGCUGCUCUUCACUCCCUACCACGUCAUGCGCAACGUCCGCAUCGCCUCCCGCAUCCCCUCCCUGGGAGUCUCCCUCUGCACCCAGGGCCGCAUCAACACUGCUUACAUCAUCACCAGGCCCCUUGCCUUCCUGAACAGUGCCAUCAACCCUGUCUUUUACUUCCUGAUGGGUGAUCACUUCAGGGAGAUGCUGCUGGCAAAGCUAAGGCAGCUCCUGAGCAGGCUGGCGACCGCCAGCAAGUGA